AUGGAGCCACUAGUGGAUCCCGAUUUUGACGCUGCCAUCGAGGCCUCUCGCCAAGAGAUGUAUCGCCAGAACAAGCGUCCCCCAACUCAGUUGUCCCAAGAUAAUUUUGUGGAUCUGACCAAUGACUCGGACAACGACUCGGACAUUGAAGAAGUGUUCCCCAAGUCGAAGUCUGUGGUUACUUCUGAGACUGAAGAUGACCACGAGCAUGAGCAACUGCAACGUGCUCUUGCUAUGUCGAUGGAGCCUAGCAACGAGCCCCCAACCCUCGGCAAUGCUCAGUCUAUCGAUCAGGCAAAUAUCCAACAUGAUGUCGCUGUAGUGCCCGCGGGUUCACUAUUGAGCAUGAACCGGAAGCAGAUGGAGGAGGAGCGUAUUGCACGUAUCGCUAAGCGCAAGGCCGACGACGCUUUGCCUACUGCGCCGUCUCAGGCUAGCCGGAAGCUCCCUCGAAAUGAGCCUUUGCUAGCCCGACCCUCUGUCGCCGUACGCAAUCCGUUCCAAUCUGCUCCCCAGGCGAGUGCGGCUCGAGUGCGAUCUCACACCGAGGUCUGCCGCCAGUUUGCAUCAAAUGCCUCGAAUAUUAACAUCCAACCGACCUCCCGCUCAGUGGCUCAAUGGCCUCUUGGAGCUGUCAAGAAAACACACAUCACAGGUUUCCCUCGCAGUGGGAAUGAAAUCACAAUUGAAGAAGUCAUCCAGCGAGAUGACCUGGAGCUGGGCGUAUUUAGCUCAUUUUUGUGGGACAUGCCAUGGCUCUAUUCCAAGUUUAACCACUCAUCUACUCGAAUCCUAUUUGUCAUGCAAGCAAAUGAUGAAGAAACGCGAGAGCAAUAUCGCCGAGACAUUAGCGACAUGCCAAAUUUCCGCCUGUGUUUCCCACCUAUGGAGCCCCAAGUAUUCUGUAUGCAUUCCAAAUUGCUUCUCAUGUUCCACCCAGGUUAUCUUCGCAUCGCAGUACCCUCCGCCAAUCUCACUCCCACCGACUGGGGAGAGGAUAGACUCAUGGAAAAUACUGUAUUCCUUAUUGAUCUUCCCAAACUCAAAGUCCCCAAUGCUGGAAAGACCCCAUUCUACAAAGAACUAGUCUACUUCCUCCAGGCGUCUGAGCUUCACCGCAACAUCAUCAAGAAGCUAGAUGACUUCGACUUCAGCGAGACAAAGCGCUACGCAUUUGUUCAUACGGUUGGCGGAACCAAUACCGAAGACAGAUGGCAACGCACCGGAUUCAGCGGCUUGGGUCGUGCUGUCAAAGCUCUUGGCCUAGAGACAAAGGCACCCAUCAACGUCGACUAUGUCGCCUCGUCGCUUGGAAAUAUUAACACCCCAUUCCUGCGCUCCAUCUACCUCGCCUGCAAAGGUGACAACGCUCUACUAGAUUACGAGCUGCGAACAGCCAACAAAAAAGACACAGCACUCGUGACAGCGCAUAACCGAGAAUGUCUCGACCACUUCCGUGUUUACUUCCCAUCCGAUGCCACCGUUCGAGAAGUGCAUAGCAAUCCCAAAAACGCCAUUGGCACGAUAUGCUUCAACCCAGCCUGGUGGUCCGGUGCCAAUUUCCCGCGCGAUACACUUAGAGACUGUGUCAGUGAGCGUGGAGUCUUGAUGCAUAAUAAGCUUGCCUUCGUCCAUCCUUCCACCCCGAUCGAUAUGCCUGAUAACAAGGAGUGUCGCGGCUGGGCUUAUGUGGGAAGUGCGAAUUUGUCGGAGAGUGCAUGGGGUCGUAUCGUAAAGGAUCCCAAGACCAAAUCGCUGAAGAUGAACUGUCGCAAUUGGGAAUGCGGCGUGAUCGUGCCUAUCAUCAAUGAGAAGACGACUAAGGAGAAAAAUAAGGCACCAGAAGAAACACAGGGAACUGUUCCUUCGGCUCCUCUCCCAGCCGAGGUCUUCAAGGAUACUGUUCCUGUCCCGAUGAGAGUGCCUGCUGUUCCGUUGACCGAGACUCGAAAGCCUUUCUUCUUUGGGGUUUGA